GCAAACAAAAUAUAAAAGACUGAGAAGAAGAGGACAGAGAACCAGUGAAGAGAAGAGACCUUAGCCACACACAAACUCUCCAAAAAGCUUUAGGCUUCGAUUCAACCCCAAAUCAGUAAAAAUAGGGUUACCAGAAGAACCCCACAGGGAUUCCACAGAGGAACUGCAUCGCUCGCGUUCCUGCUGCGGCUUGAGGAAGAAGAAGAACAGUAACGGUAACAGAGACCAACACAAGGAGGAAGAGAAACCAAAGAUGCAGCCAACAGAGCCUCCUGCUCAGCCUCAGAGUCAGCAGAUGGUGAGCUUGAGCUUUAGCAGUCAGAUGUCGAGAGAAGACGAGGAGAUGGCUCGCUCUGCUCUCUCUGCUUUUAGGGCUAAAGAGGAUGAGAUUGAGAAGAGAAAAAUGGAGGUUCGUGAACGGGUCAAGGCUCAGCUGGGUCGGGUUGAGGAAGAGACCCGACGUCUCGCUAACAUCCGCGAGGAGCUUGAGAAUAUGGCAGAUCCCAUGAGGAAAGAAGUUUCUUUGGUUCGAAAGAAGAUUGAUAGCGUCAACAAAGAACUCAAACCAUUAGGCGCAACAGUUCAAAAGAAGGAAAGGGAAUACAAAGAAGCUUUGGAUACAUUCAACGAGAAAAACCGUGAGAAAGUUCAGCUAAUCACCAAGCUAAUGGAGAUGGGGCAGUUGGUUGGAGAAAGCGAGAAGCUGAGGUUAAAGAAGCUUGAAGAGCUUAGCAAGAGCAUAGAAACCGAGUGAAGACUAUCUCACAGACAAAAGACCAAGAACUAAUUGGGCUUAGGAUUAUGGUUCUAUCUGAUGUAUUUAUUUAUUUAUUUUUCAUCAAGUUGGUGUGUUUUUUCGUGGGUGUUUUAGUUUUCAUUUUCUUUUCCUAAGUGGAUUGAUUUGUAGACUUAUGAUGGGGUGUUUUAUGUUUUUGAUUAACCAAAUUAGGGAAGGUUAAUGGGAUAAUGCUUAGGCUACUGAAUGCUAAAGGGUUUGAAAGUUUGAAUUA